CCAACGAAAAGGAAAAGAAUUGGUGGUUGAGUAAAGAUUCUUUAGGUUCUCUGGGUGUUGAAGAGGAAAGAGAUGUAACAUUUAGUCGGUUCGCAAAACGAGUUGAGAUUAUUAAGGCCAGGAGGUUUUUUGACUAUUGUAAUGGAACUAUAACAAUUAUUGAGUUACCAACUGGCGAACACGAAGUUACACACUCCAAAUUUAGUCAUCAGUUUACAAGUGCAUUCAAUAACGCACUAGCACAAGAUGAUAUAGAGGACUGGGGUGCAAAAAGUUUAUACACUAAUCUUCUAUCAGAUGAAUAUGAAGAGCCGGACGCAUGCUUUAUACCCAAACGUCUACUCGAUCCACUGAACCCAGCACAAAAUCCUUGUGAUCGAAAUGGGAACCCAUGGCCUACUAUAAUUCUUGAAAUUGCUUCCUCAGAAACACUUCAACAUGUAAAGGAUAAGAUAAAUGAUUAUUGGCUAGUCCCAAAUCGCUGUGAAGAUGUGAUUGUUAUUAAAAUAGGUACAUGGAGUGGGAGACGUCGUAAUAACCAGACUAGACGCCCUUUGCGACGUUUGCGGUGCCUAAAAUUUUGUCGGACUGCAACUCUUCAGCAGAAUCCUAAUGCUACAACAUUUGAUGCAAUUGAAGAGAUUGAGUUCGGUUCUGUAUAUGCUAAUGGAAGGGAAAGCCAUUUUUGUACUGGGCCUCACAUGAAAUGGAUUACAAUCAACCGUGAUUGUAUUUAUGCUGGCUGUCCUCAACCUCCACAACUCCCUAACCUUUUUUCUGUCAUUUCUUCAGUGCCUCCUCAAUUUCCUUAUCCUCUUCAAACACCAGGUGUUGCGAUUGACCUAUAUGAUAUUCAACAAUCGAUUUUUCAAGCUAUGGGUCCAAAUUGA